GCUGGCGUUAGAGCAAGUCAGAGUGGGAGUGAAAGAGCACCAGCCAACAGGGUAGAGAGAGAGAGAGACAGAGAUAGAGAGAGGGUGAGUGUAUGUGUGGUCAGAGAGAGAGAGAGAGAGAGAGAGAGAGAGAGAGAGAGAGAGACAAAGGCUGCUGGAGAGCUUGAGGGAGACGAUAGAGUGCUAGAUAAUGGAGGUGCAGACGGAGUGUGUGGAGCCUCCGGUGGCCCCUCAGUGUGACCCCCAGCACACGGGGAAGAUCAACAAAGCUGCCUUCAAACUCUUCGGAAAGCGGCGCACCGGGUCUGGGAUGACCAGCUUCUUCUCCUUCAGGAACAAAGGGGCUACAAACAACGGGAGCAACGGGAAUUCUGACAAUGGGAAUUCUUUGAAUGGAAAUGGCUCGGCGGCAUCGGUAGAGCUCGUUCGGAGCAAAACCCACGAUGGACUAACAAGCUCUAAUAACGAUGCUGAUGGACAGAGAGGGGAAGGGCUCGCCAUCCUGGAGGCAGGGCCGGUGAGGUCCCUCAGCAAAUCCCUGAGUUUCUUCUCUCUACUCCGACGUGGGACUUUUAGGUCGAGUGAAAAUGGAGGGGCAGGGCUUGUUAGAAGAGGGAGGGGCCUAAAGGGCUUUUUUAGCAGCAUGCGAUGGAGACGCAAGGAAAAAACAAACGAGGGUGAGGGGGAAGAGGUGGAGCGGAAGACGGAGAAGGAUGGGGAUAUUGCCGACUCUGAAAAGGUGAAGGAUAUUACCCUCACCCUUGAACCCCCUCCGCAUCAUCACCAAGUGGAUUGUGGGAAUGCAGAGGCAUCACCUAACCCGGAGACUCCCACUACUAGUGUUACCAUGACACCCCCACACUGUGUUGCCAUGCCAGAGCACUCUAUUGAGCCAGACUCCCCCUUUCCUUACACACCCACUGACUCGCCACUGCGCCCGCCCAUCCAAAAAGCCAAAGCCUCAAUAUCCAGCCUCACCCCCUCCCUCGCUACACCCCCUUUGGAUCGCUGCAGCACGGGUGACCCACCCUCAGAGCCUUCAGUGGACCGCCUCUGCUCUCUCCUCUUCACUGAUGUCACAUCCCUUAAGAGCUUUGAUUCCCUGACAGGCUGUGGUGACAUUAUUGCUGACGCAGAUGAGGAAGGUCCAGCGGGUAACGGGGGCAGUGGCACCAGCAGCAGCAGCAGUGGGGGAGGAGGUGGGAGUGUGGGAGCGGGCAUUGGGAGAGCUGUUGGUAUCACCAGUGCCACGUCACGUGGCUCCCCAACCAAACCCUUGCUACCGUCACACCUGACCCAGCCCAUGUUCUCUGUUCCCACAAGCUCAGUGCCUUCUUCUUCCCUCCCAGCCCGGACCCGGGCACCACCUCCACCACAGCAGCACCCAGCUGGCAGUGGUGUGGUGGCCUACAUGGGCGGAGGGGAAGAAAUGGCAAGUCCAGAGGGAGUGGACGAUGCAGACAUGCAGGGGCUCUGGCACAUGCUGCCCUCAACAGGGGACAACUCUCCUGCUUUGCCUCGAUCACAUCAAACUGCCUCUACCACCCCAACUUCUACUUAUCCCCCUCGUGCCCCGUCCAACCCCGCCAGCAGCCUCCUGCUCUCAGCCCACAGGAGCGCAGACCGCAAGUUACCCCCGGUGAAGGCAUUGGGGCUCAGUAAGAUUCCAGUAGUUGGUGCAACAGGAGGCCGGGCAGCUAAACCCCCCAUCCCUCACACACACGGCCGUCAUCCCACAUCGCCCGGAGAAAAAGAGCCACUCAGUGAUGAGGGUUACUGGGACACACCCUCCGCAACGCCCACAGCGACACCUGACGAGAGCGGGCUGCAGCGUAACCAGAGGACGGCCCUAUCACGCGACAGUUGCUCCGGGGACCACCUGUACGACCUCUACAAUGACCCUGAAGAGGUAGGAGAGGAUGAGGAAGGAGAUGAAGAUCUAAACAGUACUCCCUCUCCAUCCACUGAAUACAAACUAAGCCCCACCUCCCAAACAACUCCUCCUUCCUCCUCCUCCUCCUCCUCCUCCUCCUCCUCCUCCUCCUCCUUCCAGUCAAUGAAAGGCAGCACAAGCCUUCCUCGGGAAUCCAAGAUCCCAGUAAGCAGCAGACAAACCUCCCCACCUCCCCACUCUGUAAGCCAGUCAGCCCUCUCGUCUGUUCUAGAGGCUGAAUCCCCUCCACCAAAGACCCAGGAACCUCCCCCGGCUCGCACCAGAAUCCCUGUAUCCAAGGUGCCAGUCCGUCGUUCUGGAAACAAACCUGGCAGCACAACCAGAGGAAGUGCCCACAAGAAGUAGCUCCUGCCAAAUAGGGGGAUUCUUGCCCACUUACUAAAAGACUUGAGUGUACAUCACUUCAGUGCUGUUGAUGCAGAGCCAAAAAGACCCAGACCGAGAAAAAUGUUGAGCUGUAGAGUUAACAGCCUAUAAAUUCCUCUGAAAUCUUAAAAGCUCUCAUUCCUCAAGUGUUUUAGCUGACGACAGGCUGGGAUAGAAUAGGUGGUUUUGUUCACUUGAGAAAGUCACGAGGAGACUCAAAAAGCUGGGUUAACACUUCACAGCCCUCACAGGAACUUAAGAGGUUGAUUUUUGACAAUCCAUGGACUCGCUAUAGACACAUUUGCCUUGUAACUUCCUGGAAAAGCUCCUGACCUGCUGAGAGUUUGACAGCUCAUGAUUGCACACUGCAAAAAAAAAAAGGAAAAAAGCAGAGCACCUUUUAUCUUUUACAUUUUUGUUAUGGAACACCACACGGCAUAACAUAAUUUGCUUAUACGGACCUAAUCUAAUCAAUGUUAUUUUUUCUAAAAUUGUCCUCUUUUCUAAUCUGUAACAAUUUACCACCUAAUCUUUUGAUUUUAGAGCCAAAGUUUAAAAAAAAUCCUCCUCGUUUCCCUUAAACAGACUCAACGAGACCCACGGCCUGGAAUAACCCACCAUUUUUUGUUUGGCUGUUUUUUUGCUUUUUGAAGAUGGUAUUUAUCUGACCGCACACUGAUUAUUAAACUGUAUGUGCAAAAAUACAAAUGAACACUGAGAUCUGGUUUUAUUAUUUACCUACUUUGCAGCUACAAAUGCGGCAAAGUUGCACGACAGAAGGCUUCGCAAUAUCUUCUUUUCUUUUUUUGGGAGGGGGAGACCCUCUCUGUUUUGACUGGCUAUUAUUAUUAUUAUUGUGGACGGACUAAGUUUGGCUUCAGCCUGUUGCAUCUGGAUUUCACUUAUACCGCACUGCAUCACUCAAAGUGCAUCCAUAGGAUGUCAAUCUCUGGGAUUUACAACUGUUGAAUAACCAAUGAAAAACCUGCAGAACUGUCGCAAUACUCAACCUGGAGGGAUCCCUUGCACUGAUGCUUCAAUAUACACACACACACACACGCACACACAAACACAUACAAUUUCAGACAGGCACACAAACAUUCUCUCUCCCUCUCCGCAUGCAGUGCCACACAUACAAGGCACAAAGGUCAGGGAACAUCAUCUAUUAUUGAAUGACCUUAGUUACACACACAGUUCAACCUUUGGCACUGUCUUAGUAGCUACACUGGAUGACUUUCUUCUCCAAGGACAUGUGCACAAACAACCUUUUUUUUAAAGUUAGUACUUUCUUCUUCACUGGAUUUCUACUGUUUCUAUACAGUAGACUCCUUCGUCAUAAGUCAUACUGCUCGGAUCUUAAACUGUGACUGCACCAUCUUCUUAAUGCUCUGCUUUCUGUUCUUUACUACGAACAUACUGUACAAGCUGAUGUGAGUGGAUGACAGGGAGGCAUCCUUGCUGUCUGCCAGAUUUAGAGAGCCAGAAUAUGCCUGCAAGUGUUUUAAAAUAGGAUGUGACCCAGAAAGAACAUACUUCUGAGUCACAUAAACUGGAUCGCAGCUAAAAAAUGCAAAGCAGAACUUGGGGACUAAUGCCAUAUCAGCUCAGAGUGCUUCACCCUCACUCUCUAUGCUGUUGUACUGGCAAACAUUGUACAACUUCAUUAUAGGAACCCCCGCAGCUGUGUGUGAAUCUGAAUGUAGCUUGGUCUCAUUGGCGAUCAUUGGUCAGCUGUGUUGGUCUCUUUUCCUCUAUGUCCCUCUUUUGUGGGGGCAACACAAAUGGUGGAGUUUACUGUAUUCUAGGUCCCCCGCGCUCUGAAAAAUGACUUUGUUGAGCCUCGCAAAGCACCACUUGUUUUAAGAAUGAGGGGGUGUAUUGCAGUCCUGAAAGGCCUUUGUCUAUGAUUCAGUGAGACAAGUUAAAGAGAGCAGAGUGUUCCUUACCCUUCAGUUACAGAGAGGGGUUUUUAGUAGGGAAAGACAUUCGAGAUGAUGCACGUUUUCUCUAAUCCUAACCACAAGGAUACCAACCGACACUUGAGGGUCAUUCUAGUUCAUGAUAGUUUUCUGUCUCAUUUAGAAUGUGAUGAUUGAUCCACAACACUGUUCCAGGUUCAGAUAUCUUUUCAACCUUCUAAUGGUGUAGUGCAGGACAGGCCAUGGGGUAACCUGAUCCCAGGCCUUCAGUAAGUGUGUUCCUCCUCCAAUGAAAAAAGGGCAGGCUAAAGGUCAUAUAGGGAGCAGAGAAGGAUCACGUCCGUUCAUGUUUUCUCUGGCUACACUGUGCUCUGUGCUCUUUAGAUUUAGUAUGCAAUAGCUUUCAUUCUCCCUACUUUGGAGUACUGAUUGACAAAAGAGUGAUGGAUGGAUGAUUUUGGGAUGAUUGAAAUGGGCAACAAUUCAAACCUUUAAAGUAUUCCUGGUAAAAUAAUAAAAAAAGAGUAUUUUUUUUUUGUAAACAGCUGUGGUGACGCUUGUUGAUUGUUAACCAAAACAGUUGCCCUGAGAGUCUAAAAAUUAUAAUUCACUUUAUGACACUGUCACCAAUCAAAUUAUAUUGCUGGUAAGAUUAAGAGAAAGUAGGGCGCUAUGAACUGGACAAGGAAUGAUCAUUAUGUUCGGUUGCUGUCCCACAUGCUGCAGUUUGGUGUUUUAGUAGAACUAGUUUCUCCACUUUUUCCAAGUAUGACAGUGAAAAGUAAAGUUUAGGUACCUUGAUCCGUUGCACUGGCCUAAACACAUCAACCACAGAGACCGUCAUAUUGCCAUCUGGAUCAGUUCCUUAUUUGUUUUGUAGACGCUUCUCUCCUUUCUUUCUGAUUACAAAUCUGGGCCUUUAGGUGGUCAUUUGCUGUGAUGGAAAAGCACAUUAUGUUUUUCUUUUUUUAUUAACCGUCUGUCUGUUUACAGUGUGAAAUCUUUCCACUUUUCAUAUUUAAUGAAUAAAACUGUUUGCGCUGAUAGAUGA